AUGUUCAUAAAUCAGGCCAUGUUUGGUGGCGAGAAAAUCGCGGCUGUCCAGCUUGGUGGAGCUAGCAAAUCAAGAACAAUUAUUGUUCAGGAAUACAAUCAAGCAAACAUCGUCACUCGACCCUAUGAAAACGUUAGCAGAAGUUGCAACUUGUUUAAGGGUCAAUGGAUUCCAGACAGGAGGGACACUUUGUAUACAAAUUUUAGCUGUACAACAAUCCCUUACAGAAGAAACUGCUUUUUUCAUGGGAGGAAGGAUAAAGAUUUUCUGCACUGGAGAUGGAAACCAGAACAAUGUGAACUUCCUCGUUUCAGCUCGAAAACAUUUCUUAGUAUUGUUCAAGGGAAGACAAUGGCUUUCAUCGGUGACUCUAUUGCCCGGAAUCAAAUGGAUUCCCUACUUUGCCUCCUGUCGACGGAAGAAACACCAAAAGAAGUAUACAAGGAUGCUGAAGAUCGGUCCAUGACAUGGGAAUUUCCGAAGCACAACUUCAGCCUCAUGGCCCUCUGGUCUCAAUUCUUAGUCACAGCCACAGAGACAAUGUUCAAUGGUUCAGCCACCGGUAGUUUUGAUUUACAUCUGGACAAGGUUGAUCAAAAUUGGUCCGAAAAAAUAACUUUCAUAGAUUAUGCAAUUUUCUCAGACGUCCAGUGGUUCUUCAGACAGCAUUAUUUAUACGAGGGCAGCAAUCUUAUAGGCUGCAUACUGUGCCAGGUACCAAACAUGACAGAUCUCGGGCUGAAUUUCGCCAUUAAACGGGCCUUCCAAGCUGCAUUUAAACAAAUCAAUGAGUGCAAGAACUGUAAAAACAUAUUUACCGUUUUGAGGACGUUUUCACCUUCUCAUUUCGAGAAUGGCACGUGGAAUACGGGAGGUGGGUGCAAUAGAACUCGACCGGUCAAGAUAGAGGAUGUUAUUGGGAGGGAUUCAAAUUGGGAACUCAGGAAAAUUCAAGUGGAAGAAAUUGAAACGGCGAGAGAAAAAGGAGAGUACUUAGGGAAUAGGUUUGAAAUUCUUGAUAUAACAGAAAUUAUGGGGAUGAGACCAGAUGGGCACCCUGGACUCUACGGGGGCAACACCUGGAUGACGGGUUAUAGUGACUGCAUCCAUUGGUGCCUGCCAGGCCCCAUUGAUGUGUGGAAUGAACUUUUAUUGGAGAUGAUCAAAAGACAAACCUUUUCCCUGAAUUAG